AUGAAUUCAUUCAGCAUACGAGAAAACCUUCCUCGCGUGGCACUCGCCAUGCUGCUGGCGAGUCCCGCCACAGCAGCCCCACGACUGAUGGGCAGAGGAUGUCUGGAAAGUAUUGUGGCAGACCUAUCAUGCGCUUCCGACCCAAUAAUGUCACGAUGCCUGGGCAUCCAGACAGUAGACCCAGAACUCCUCGCGACUUGCCUGGAGGCGGCAGGGUGCACCACAGACGAGGCGGAAAAUGCACUGUGGAUCACGGAAAAGUGCCAGACCGGAUCCACCGCGGGAGACGACAGCCCAGCGGACCCGGAGGGAGAGCUGCGGCGGCGAUCAUUCCACGGCCGUAACAGGCGCGAUAUUUUCGAGCGUGCCGACAGCACCACGACGAGCACCGAUGAGAGCUCAACGACCUCGGCAACGGCCACAUCUACAUCUACAUCUUCCUCAACUUCCGCAACAUCUACCAGCUCUUCUACUACUUCGUCCAGCAGCAGCACAUCAACAGCAACAUCCACUAGCAGCUCGUCAACAACGACGACCUCCUCAACAACCACAUCAUCCGCCUCCGCCACCUCCACGUCGUCGUCCUCCGCCUCGUUCGACGUAGGCUUAUCAAGUGCCAUUGUCGGUGUGACAAUGGGUAUUGCAACGACAGUCGCCUUCCUUGGCGUUUUCAUCUGCUGCUGGCGAGAGGGCGCAAGCAAGAGGAAGGCAAAGAGGCAAGCCGACCAGAAGGAGGCGUUGUUGGGCAACGUGAGCUAG